AUGCAGCCUAAAAACGCCACGCAACGUCUUCUGAUUCAGAAGAUUCUGGUUCUUCUGGGUCCAUUCGUAGCUGUUCCGCUUUUGUUUUUUGGACCGGAAUACAGAUGUCUAUUUUCAAUAAUCUUCUUAUCAAUAUAUUGGAUUGGAGAAGCUUUCCCAAUCGGUAUCACAUCACUCUUCCCGUUGGCUCUUUAUCCAAUUCUUCAAAUCGUUCCAUCCAAACAGAUUAGUCCUGUUUAUUUCAAGGACUCAAUUGUAUUAUUUAUGUGCACUUUGAUCAUGGCGAUGGCAGUUGAAGCAACUGGAUUACAUCGAAGAAUUGCAUUAAAGCUUUUGACAAAAGUUGGAGCCAAGCAACCCAUAAUGCUUCUUGGCUUCAUGUGCAUCACUAGCUUCAUCUCCUUUUUUGUCUCUGACACAGCUUGCACUGCCCUGAUGUGUCCUACCGCAGUGGCUCUUCUGAUGAGUAUGUCAGAUGCGGUGCAUCAUUUGAAAGAAGGAGAUAACAAGAAGAAACCCGUGGCAGAUGAUGCUACUGUAGCUGAGAAAUUAAGAAUGGACGAUAUGAGUCCACAGGAUUCGGGAUUUUGUAAAGCGUUGAUUUUGGCAUGUGCACAUGCUUCGUUGAUCGGUGGAACGGCGAUUAUAACAUCGACAGGACCGAAUUUGGUUUUUCGGGAGAAUAUUAAUAAACGCUACCCAGAAGGCCAAGUCUCAAUGACCUACCUACAAUGGAUGGUCUUUGCCAUCCCACCAAUGUUUAUUUAUCUUUUGGCAUCUUAUGUAGUCUUAGUGUGCUACUUCAUGGGACCAUCCACUUUGGUCCGAUGGUUCGAGAAGCCAUCCAAAGAGGAGGCGCAUAUGAAAAAGGUAGUUGAAAAGAAUAUUCAGUCAAUGUAUGAAGAUUUGGGAGAUAUUUCAUGGGGAGAAAAAUCGGUCUUUACAUUUUUCGUUAUUCUAAUUGGCUCGUGGAUUUCUCGCGAUCCAGGAUUCACUUCCGGAUGGGGAGAUUUGCUUCCACAUCGGAAUUAUCUAUCAGAUAGUGUUUCUGGAAUCCUGAUAGCUUGUCUUCUUUUCGUUUGGCCUAAAAACCCAUUCGACCCCAUUGAUCCAACAGCUCCAAUUCUAAAAUGGAUCGAUAUGAAGAAUAAAUUCUCGUGGUCCUGCACCCUGUUGAUCGGAGCUGGAUAUGCGAUUUCAGAGGGAGUUGAUAAAUCCGGACUGUCGAAACUAAUUUCUUGUGAAAUGCGAAAGAUUUUUGUGGGUAUGAGCUCUCUUCCAUUGCAAUGUGAGUCAUUGAAUUUUAUGGUAUUUCCAAAAAAAUUAAUUUUAGUGACCGUAACCACGGCAAUUGUUAUCAUGACCGAGUUUGCCAGCAAUGUGUCAACUGGAAGUAUUUUUAUUCCAAUCGCUCUUGGAGUGGCCGAGUCCAUGGGAGUCCAUCCAUUGUAUCUGGCUCUUCCGACUACGGUAGCUUGCUCAUUUGCAUUCAUGCUUCCGAUUUCAACACCACCAAAUGCGAUUGUAUAUGAUACGAAAGUGAUUUCGAUGCUUGAAAUGAUAAUGUGUGGAUUUAUCCUCAAUGUUGCAUGUAUUAUAAUCACCUCAUUGAACAUGAAUACCUGGACUUAUUUCGUGUUCUCUCUCAACACUUUCCCCGAAAACAUAUCAAUUUCGAAUUCUUCAUAUCCAAUUUGUUAG